AUGCGCACUUCCAUCUUCCCCUCAAUCCAGUCCUUCUUCGAGCGUGAAGUGAAAACUCCCCAGAGCAACUUGCCAUCCUCGGCCAUAGUCAAAAAUGAGCAUAACAGCGACGGCUUCACCUCCUCCGAGAUCAACGAGGUCCUUGACCCGUCCACGAUCAACAGCAACCUGGCCCGGGCGUAUCAGCCAUGCCCCAUCAUGCUCCUCGAAAUGGGGGCACGGCACUACGAGAUUGGGGGGCGAAUCGUCAACUUCUCACGGACGCCAAGAAAACGCCAGAAUCCAGAGGAGUCGGAAGGGUUCUGGUAUCUGACCGUUUCUGACGGAACUGGGAUGAUUGGUGUCAAUUUGCAUUGCCGGAAUCGGCACGAGUACCAACCGCUCUUGGGACAGAGAGUCACGAUUUGGGCGAGCUUCAUCGGCGUCAGCGUUGGCGGCGAGUUCAACCAAACGCCCUGCUCGACAUCAGUAUAUCCCGGACGGUCCGGCACAACACAUAUUGUCUUCCACAAGGAUUCUGAUGGCUGUGAUCUGUUUCGAAGCCCCUUGAGAAUGACAGAUGCCGACACUGGUGACCUGCCAGGACUCAUGACGCUACAGGAGUUUCUAAACACGGGCUUCGAGUACGAGGAAGCCAAGAUCCUUGUCUGCGUGCGCAGUGUUGGCCUGCGUAGAACUGUCCGAGCGAGAACUCGCGAGGUUCCAAUAAACCUUGUCGAAGUUGGCAUCUUUGACCAUACAGCAAGCAUCAUGCUCACCCUCUGGGGAGACGUGACUCCAUCCGCGGGGUCAUGGGUGCCCAACAAGACGGUACUGCUCAUCUCCAUGCCAAAGUACAACCCUGAGAAGUGCGACAUUGGCCAACCGGCACGCAUCAGUCUCAACUACAACUCGAUUGUCGAGGUGAAUCCGACUUUUGGCCGCGCCGAGUGGCUCAGGUCAACGAUUGAGCGAAGAAGACAGAGGGAGGCAUUCUUCAUUCAUUUUCCAUCCGAAGAGUGGAAUAAAGCACUUGCACCAAAGGGCGCUGAGCGCGUGCUGUACACAAUUGCCGAGAUGGAGGAGAGAAUCACCAGUGACGAUUCCACCAGCUUUACAGGCAAGCUCAACGUCAUGGUUCUCCAGGUAAGCCUGCUUGAGCACUGGAGGCUGGAGACAAUAGGUUGCACAGAAUGCUGUGGCGUUCCUUUGUGCGCAAACAAGGUAGACGUGAUGUGCAGGAACUGCGGAACAACGCAGAGACUGUCCAUGAAUCCCCGGACGCUCAAGACCUUCAUCGACGAGAGCGGCUGUCUAGCGGGGAGUAAGCUGGUGUGGAGUGACGACGCCUGGAAGCAGUUUCUCCUGCCUGACAGUUGCCAGGAAGAGCAUGACGGCGGGACACCACCAGCUGAGUCGUGGCAGCAGAUCCUCGAGCUCAAAACAAGCGAGCUCCGGGAGUACGAGGAGGCCCUGCUAUACUCACGUGUGACACUGACAUUCGGCUGGUCCCCAAGCAUCCGCCGGCUCUGUGUCCUUGGGGUGGAGUGGUGA